AUGGAGCGGUUGUCUCAUGACCUCAACCUGGCUCUGGAGGAGAGUAACUGCGGCAGACAGGAGCGGAGGAAGCUAGGCUUCCGUCGACGCACCAGAUCUGCCGGAAACCUACCAGCUGCAGUGGCAGUGAGCCUAGUUGAAGAUGGAAGCUCCAGUAGUCCGCCUCAGGCCCCUCUCAUCACACAGCCACUAUCAGACUCAGAUGACCCACACCUCAGCCUGCACAAAUCCAGCCUCAAAUCCCGACACUAUUGUCAAAUUGGAAAUUUUGAGUCCGAUUCCUUCAAUGAGAACUUCUCCCCAACAAGACCAGCCAAUGCUAGGAGGAAACGCAAAUAUAAGAAGAUGCCUGUAGAGUAUACUGAUGGGAAACGGUCACCACCAGUUGAGAUUCUUAGUGUGACUACCGAGCCCAAUGCACUACCUGCUACAAUAAUACUCCAGAGCCAAGUGUUGUCCCCGGCAAUUCAUGUAAACAAGCACAAGACUCUCACUAAACCUGAAAGCUGCUUUUUCAGAAACGCCUUCUGCGGUAAAAGAAAAUGGUCGCACCGGGAUAAAGGUGAUGGAUGCGAAAUGAGAGAGAGAUCCUUCAGUGGUGGAUGUUCUUCAAAGUCUGCUUACUUCUCGAAAAACGACUUUAAGUCAAGGAAAUAUGACACAGACAUUCCUAAGAAGGAGCCAGUGCUUCAGCCUGGCAAAAUUAUACUCAAGUCUCAGAAUGCAGAAGGUACAAAACCGACCACACCCACAAACACUCCAUCUUUACCGGGAAGUUCCAGUUUCAAUUUUGUUUACAAAAAUUCUUCCAAAAAUGGUACUCCAACAUUAUCAAAACUGACAGGGUAUAAAAUAACGACAGAUCUUCCGCCUUUCUUUAAUCCUACAACUAGUACGGGAAAGAACAGUUUCGACGGGAAAUAUCAUAGAAAGUUUAAAAUGUUGAACAAAUCACACCCACCUUCCCUGAGAAACCCGCUGAUGUUCGAUGAUUCCAACAGUGGAAUGGAUUGUGCAGGGAAUGAAUCAAGCUCCCUGAGUAGUAGCGAUUCAGAUGGCGUGGUUACCAACGACAGUGAUAGGGAAGGAGACGAUGAGCUCACCGACUGGCCCGGCAUCGAAGAACUGAAAGUCUUUAACAAAAGCCUUACGUUCAAAACUUCUAAAUCAGUGAACAAUAAUUCUCCAAAGUCCGCCAGCAACAUGCCACCACCGAAACGUUUGAAAAAGGAAAAAUUAUUAGUCAAAAGUGGGUGGGCUAGUUGCAAGAACAGGUUCAAGAAGAAAAGAGCUAAAGUGGAUUCGGGGAACGAUGACGACGCAAUGAUGUCUGAUUCUAAAACUGUUGUUGAUUUAGAAGACGAACCUAUCUCGAAAGAAAAUAGAGACAUUCUUCAGCCGCAUUCCUCUUUCAGCAGCUUUAGUGACAUAAAAAACGCUGGUGUGUCUGGUCAGAACGCGAAUGAGUCGUUUUUUCAGUCCUUUCAGGCCUUUCAAGAGAAAUCGGCUCAGCAGGAUGAAUCGUUUAACCAGACGCCGCGCACGAAUUUUUCGCUACAGAAAACAUCGUCCAGUGAUUUGAAUUUGAGUGAGAAGUCGCCACAGAGCGACCACUACUACAGUGAACAUUCAAUGGGGAAUGCUGUAGUGACAGAAGUGAGGGAAAUCAGAGCUGGAUGUCGCAGGAUACGGGAUGAAAGACCAGGUUUCUUAAUUCUAAGUGCUGCUAACGAACAGCUUUCGAAAUUCCUGCAAGAUUCUUGCCAAACUGAAUUGAAAUUGCCAAGUCUCAAUGAUCCUGAAGAAAAGGAGAAAUUGGAGUCACUAGCUAAGCUCUAUUCUUUGGAAUUGCAAGUGGAAAUGGGUCGGCCGGUCCUGAGGAAAACCAGCAACACAAUGCAGGCGAUUCGCGUCGAACAUUCCUACCACAAUUUUCCUUCAGACCAUAAACGCCGUUGCUAUGGUGACGACACAGAUACUAGCUUGUCUUUGAGCGACCAAAAUUCCGUGAACUCUAUCAACGACCUCGAAGAUACGCAGGACGUACCGGAGAGACUCUGCGACAUGGCUCAACAGGAUCUGGUAGAUACAUUCUCAAAUUCAUUAGUUGAUAAGUCGCAUUUACACCCCGGCGAAAUAGAUUGA